AUGAAUAUUGCUUGUACAAUUUGUUUGGAUCGAUUUUUUCUUUCGUCAAUUAUAUCAGCUUCUCCAUGUGGUCAUUUAUUUCAUGAUAAAUGUUUGGAUCGAUGGCUUAUCGACGAACGAAAAAAAACUUGUCCACAAUGUCGUACAUCAAUUACACCAAAACAAGUUUUAAAAAAACUUUAUUUAAUGGAACCACUCUGUCAAACACAAGUACCAUGUGGUGGUCAAGAUUCUUCUGAGCUUCUUAAUCAAAUUGAAACACAAGAAGCAAAAAUACUCGAUUGUGAACAACGUUGUCGAAAAACUUUACAUGAUUUACAAAAAAGUGAAGAACGACGACAAGCAUUCGAAAAUGAUGUUAUUUCAUUACGAAAACAAUUAACUGAACAAUCAAAUAAAAAUCAACGAAUAAUAAAUGAACGAGAUGCUAAAAUCAAUAUGUUAAUUGAACAAUACAAACAUGUUGAUUUAUCAAAUAAAAAAGAUGAACAAAUUAAAUCUUUACAAACAAAAUUAGCUGAAUAUCGAAAUGUUGAACUAAUUUAUAAAGGUCUUGCCAGUAAUUUUAAAGCUGAAUUACAAAAAAUGGUCGGAUCUUGUCAAACAAUUCAAGAUAAAGAUCGUGUUAUAGAAGAAUUGAUACGUUAUAAUGUUAUAUUAAAAGAGGAACAUAGUAAAAUGUCAGAUGAUAAACAAGAUUUAAUAAGAAAUUUAGAUCGAAUAACUGUACAAUGUGAAAAAAUGCAAUUAGAAAAACGACAAGCACUUAAACGACAAACAACUGCAGCAGACAACACAAAGCAAGAAUUAACAUGUGCUCGUGAACAGCUUGAAUCUUAUCAAUCACGUGUUAAUCAAUUAGAGUCACUUUUACUUCGUACUGCCUCACCUGAUACACGUUCUCUUGCUCGACGUGUCCUUCAUGAAAGUCCAAUGUCUGAUAGUGUUACACAAAAAGUUCGUGUGCGACUUGAAGAACCAUCAGAGCCUAUUCCUAUUCCAGCAGUUGAUGAUGAAAGUGCAAAAGAGGAUGAGACCGAUUCAAAUAUGAUUGAUCUUACAAAUGUUCCUGAACGAACACCAUCACCUGUAUUUUCUACUCAACAAUUUGCAACAACAACAUCAGCUAUUGAUAUUCUUCAUUCAAUAAUUCAAGAAACAACAUCAAGUUUUGAUUUACCGACGAUGAAAAAAACGAAAGUUAGAAAAUUAGAUGAUGAUAUUGAAGAAUGUGAUGAUUAUCUUGUUCGUCCAUUAGUACAAAAUCAAAAUAAUUUUAGACGAACUUUUAAUAAAUUUGGUGGACAUUCAAUACCAAUUACUCGACGUAUAAGUAAUACAACAUUUAAAUCAAAACCAAAAUCAAUUAAAUCGAAACCUAUUUCAACUAAGAACAAUCAUAAAAUAACAACAUUCUUUGUUUAA